GGCGAGAUUGGAUCCGAUGGACGGAGGGGUGCCCCUGGCUUGGCAGGCAGGAAUGGCACCGAUGGACAGAAGGGCAAGCUGGGGAGAAUUGGACCACCAGGCUGCAAGGGUGACCCCGGUGACAAGGGCCCUGAGGGCUACCCAGGAGAUGCAGGAGACCAAGGUGAAAGAGGAGAUGAAGGCAUAAAGGGAGAUCCUGGCCGACCUGGCCGCAGCGGACCCCCGGGACCUCCAGGAGAAAAAGGGAGCCCGGGACUUCCAGGCAACCCUGGAGCUCAAGGGCCUGCUGGAAGUAAGGGAAGAAAAGGUGAAACGGGAUCUCCUGGACCCAAAGGAGAGUUUGGUCGACGUGGAGAUCCAGGAACAAAAGGCAGCAAGGGCACUCCUGGGGCCAAAGGAGAAAGGGGAGAUCCUGGUCCAGAGGGUCCUCGUGGCCUGCCCGGAGAGGUUGGAAACAAAGGAGCAAGGGGAGACCAAGGAUUGCCAGGACCUCGAGGACCUCCAGGUGCUGUAGGAGAGCCAGGCAAGAUAGGAUCACGUGGGGACCCUGGUGACUUGGGCCCAAGAGGUGACGCAGGACCACCAGGACCAAAGGGUGACAGAGGCAGACCUGGCUUUAGCUACCCUGGCCCCAGAGGACCACAGGGUGACAAGGGUGAGAAGGGGCAGCCAGGACCGAGGGGAGUCAGGGGGGACCUUGGACCCAAAGGAGCGCAAGGGACCAAAGGAGAGAAGGGGGAACCGGGGGAUCCUGGCCCAGGAGGGGAGCCUGGACCCCGGGGUCCAACUGGAGAAGCAGGACCUGAGGGCAGCCCCGGGCCACCAGGAGAUCCUGGCCUGACUGACUGCGACGUGAUGACCUACGUGCGAGAGACGUGCGGUUGCUGCGACUGUGAGAAGCGCUGUGGUGCCCUGGACAUCAUGUUCGUCAUCGACAGCUCGGAGAGUAUUGGCUACACCAACUUCACCUUGGAGAAGAACUUUGUGGUCAACGUGGUCAGUCGGCUGGGCUCUAUUGCCAAGGAUCCCAAGUCAGAGACAGGUGCCCGUGUUGGGGUGGUGCAGUACAGCCACGAGGGGACCUUUGAAGCCAUCAAGCUUGAUGACGAGCGCAUCAACUCGCUGUCGAGCUUCAAGGAGGCUGUGAAGCGUUUGGAGUGGAUCGCUGGGGGCACCUGGACACCUUCUGCCCUUCAGUUUGCCUACAACAAGCUCAUCAAGGAAAGCAGGAGGAAGAAAGCACAAGUGUUUGCUGUGGUGAUCACAGACGGGCGCUACGACCCCCGGGAUGACGACAAGAACCUCGGGGCUCUCUGUGGUAGAGAUGUGGUCGUCAACACCAUUGGCAUUGGAGACAUGUUUGACCAGCCAGAACAGAGCGAGACCUUGGUCUCCAUCGCUUGCAACGAGCCCCAGCGGGUCCAGAAGAUGAGGCUCUUCUCAGACCUUGUGGCAGAGGAAUUCAUUGACAAGAUGGAGGAUGUCCUCUGCCCAGAUCCACAGAUCGUCUGCCCUGAGCUGCCUUGUCAGACAGAGCUCGCGGUGGCCCAGUGCACGCAGCGCCCCGUUGACGUCGUCUUCUUGCUGGAUGGCUCUGAGAGGAUCGGGGAGCAGAACUUCCACAGGGCCCACCUCUUCGUGGAGGAGGUGGCCCGACAGCUGACCUUGGCCAGGAGCAACAGCGACAACAUGAACGCCCGGCUCGCGCUGCUGCAGUACGGCAGCGAGAGGGACCAGGACGUGGUCUUCCCGUUGACCUACAACAUGACGGAGAUCUCCAACGCCCUGGCCCAGAUCAAGUACCUGGAUUCCUCCUCCAACAUCGGCUCGGCCAUCAUCCACGCCAUCAACAACAUCGUGCUGAGCCCGGGGAACGGGCAGCGCCUCGCCCGGCGCAACGCCGAGCUCUCCUUCGUCUUCAUCACCGACGGCAUCACGGGGAGCAAGAACCUGGAGGAGGCCAUCAACUCCAUGAAGAAGCAAGACGUCAUGCCCACCGUCCUGGCUCUCGGGAGCGACGUAGACAUGGUGGGCCUGGGGGACCGGGCAGCCAUCUUCCGGGAGAAAGACUAUGAGAGCCUCUCCCAGCCCAGCUUCUUCGAGAGGUUCAUUAGGUGGAUCUGUUAAAUGAAGGGAGUGCACGUGUCC